AUGAUCAUGAACUGCAUUUCGGCAAACUGGAUUGCGUCUGCCUGCGGAAAAUUCAAUAAGCUUAACAAGGUAGGCUAAAAUAAAUUUUCCAGUGUAUAUAUAAUUUUUUUCUGUGUUGGUGUUGUGUACUCAGGUGAAUAUGAUGUUUAUGAUGUUACUGUGAGUGUAUAUCCACACCGGGCAAGCUUGAAAAAUAUGCCUGGCCACGGUGGUUUUCAAGCUUGUCAGCCGGUGUGGAUAUACUGGCACUCAGAGUAAUAUCAUAAUUUUUUACUUAUUGAAUGUAGCAAUGCAGUGAUCAACUUUUUUCAAAAUAUAGGCGAUACACAUAUGUAUAAGCCUUAUUGCCCUAUGCUUAGUAUUGUAUUGUAUUGUCUUGCGCAGAACGGCCCGUAUUAAAAUAAAACAUUUUACUUUGUCUAUGAUUUUACCAAACAGUAAAUUGUUGUACGCGAUGUUGUAAAUCGCAAAAUGUGCGAAUAAGCUAGGUCGUAGUUGCGACUUACCGCACUCGCGCUUGAAAGUCAAACAAAGUGUGUCGAAGUAUUUAGUGUAAUAUUGGAUUGGUUUAAGUGACCACCCAUCCUGAUUAUUGCAUAUUUGUACAGAGGUUAGGUCAUAUAAACUAUUCGUCUAUAUAACUAAGGAAAUAGAAUAAUAUUAUGUCUGUAAUAUCUGGACGUGUUUCCGCUUAUUUUCGCCAUCCGUAUUUCGAUAUAUGCGCAUCAUAUUCUAAUUUAGUGUAUAUUAUUUCCUGAAGUCGGGCACAGUAGAAUAAUAUUACUUCAGUAAUAUCUGGCCAUGUUCCCGUUCAAUUUCGCCAUCCGUAUUUCGAUACAUGCGCAGCAUAUUCUAAUUUAGUGUGUAUUAUUUCCUGAAGUCGGGCGCAUUCAGUUUGCGCGAUUAAUUAAUUUGAAUGUAAAGGUAUGAACAAAUGUACUGAUCUUGUAUUUACAUAACACACCUAAUACAGAAUGUGAUGAAUGUCAUCGCCAGAUUAUCAUUGGCGUGGGAAUAUUAGCCUGCUCCCAAAUUCAAGCCGUUCGAGCAGUACAUGUAGAAAUACAUGUAGAAAGUAUUUUAUAGUCCAACAUUUAUUACACACACUAACGGCCACUUUUGAUAAAAUUCUGAAAUAAUAAUUGAAGAAAUUUGAGAUUAUCUAAUACAUAAUAUUAAAACGCAUAUUAUAGAAGAAAACAUAAACCUGAUCCAAAAUUUGGAUAGAGAGCAGGCUAGAAGCUGGUGUGAACCCAGUGUCUAUAUUGGAACAGUGUCCGCAUUAAAGAGCUUCCCCUUACAACACAAAAUAUAUGAUAAUUUCGACGAAUCAUAUCAUGCUCAAAUUGUCCGUAAUAGGGUGGGGUCAUAACUGUGGUAUUACAUUGUAAUACCACACCUCGUAAGUGGUUAGUGGGUUAGGGCGUUAGACAUCCUGGGUGUAGCCAAAAGUGUCCUCGCCUAUAACACCCAACCUACAUUACAUGCUGCGCAGUCUGGAGUACCAAUAUUCGUACUGUAUACAAUGAAGUACGAAUAUUUUUUAUCGUUUUCACUCACUCGCCGAAAAAUUUCGAUGGAUACAUUUUUAGCUUCGAUGAAGCAUGUAGGAUGCAAGUCUCAGUCUUUUGUGCCGUAUUAAUUAUAGUUUGUAACUUCAUUCGAAAAAUUCGUCAAGAAAACGUGAGAGAAUCAUAACCGUGAAGGAGCUUGUAUAUCUCCUGGACAAUCCUGUUGAUUUACAUAACUUUUAACAUUUCUAGCAGAAGGAUACGAACGUUUUCUCUGUAGACGAACCACGAGCUAUGUCUGACAUUAAUCGCUUUCUCGAGUCGUAUUUAUGAAUCCAACACAACACGGCUGAAUGCUUAUGUAUUUUUGAAAAAAUGUCUUCACUUUUUGUAAAACUCAUAAAUAAUUCACGAAGAAAAUUGAAAAGAAAUCAAUGUCUAAUGAAGUGUUUGAAAUAGGUUUCAUAAGUGUGCGAACUGCUACUUUAUUUAGUUCGACGUCAUGUGAAUUCACUGACUAUUGGCUACUUAAGGAUUGUUUGUAAAAAAACGUAGCUAUAUAAGUAUACUUUUAUUGCUAAAAAAAGAUAUUAAGUAUUUUGUUAAUGUAUUCUUUGGCUCAAAUUAUUGGACUAGUGCUAAUCCGAGUAUCCGACAUUUGGAUUUGGAUUUGAGAAUUAAAAAAUUAAAAAACAAUUUAAAUAGUGUCCGGCGAAUCUAUAUAAUGAGUAUAAUGUGAACGAGAUCAAUCAAAGGCAAAAACAUGUUACAUAAGAUUCAGCUAUGAAAAAUUCAGAGUCGGAGUAUAGGCCUUAGCCUAUUAAGUAGUAUCAAUGAAAGGUUCUUUGCAUGUAGCAAAACAAUAACAAUGUCAAUGCAUUGAAUGCGCUGCUCGUAGACCACAUGUCGCCAUAGCAUGCCCACGCAAUUUUCAGGGCAUUUAAAAAGAAUGAUCCCCCGCUAUUUCGAAUCAUUACUCAAUUCAGGAAUUACAACCUGGCUCCAAGGAGUGCUUAUGUGAAUUGUCGGUUAACCCAGAUCACGGUGGGCGUGUUUAAAUCACUUCCUCUUGCAAACAUCAAGGAGUAAAUUGCCAUUGAAAUUUCCAUUAUCGUGCCACUAGCGCCUUCAUUUAAAAGGGGGAAUUUGCGCAUUUAAUCAUAAAAUGCGUGAUUAUAAAAGUCAAUGAAAUAUAUGAUUAAAAUCAUGUACAUUCAGAAAAUAAUCUCAUCAUUAGAUCAUUAUAACUUUAUAAUUGUGGUAUAAGAGUGUUAUUUUUGCAAAUAAUGCUAUAUAAAUAACUAUUUUAUAUUAUUUUGAUGUUUUUAAUGGCAAACAUUUUAUGACGUAUAUUGAUAAUAUACAUUUUAUGAGGAAUAUUUGAUACUGGAAUUAUCGCGCGAAUUAUAAAAGCGCAUGCAUUGCUACGUACGACAGCGUGCGAAUCUGGACAAAAAAAACAUUGUCAAUAUAUAAUAAUGACGUCAGCGAAAGUAUAUACUAACCGGUAUAUACUAAAAAACAUAGAACUCCAAAGGCUGUACGUAAUUAUGGUUGAUGACGACAAAUUGUUUUUAGAAAAAAUGUAUUAAGAGCAUGCAUCCGCAUGGGCCGGAGUUAUUAAAGGUAGCCAAAGUGCCAAACAUGGUUAAAUAUAGCUGGUUUUCAACAAACAUAUUUCAUUAUCAGAUCGAUUCUAUAGUUGUUUCUGUAAACCAUUACUGAAAAAUCGCAUCGGAUUGCUUUCAUUGGCGAAACCGACCUAUUAAUAAUAGUGCCCACGCGUUUUUUGCAACCGCAGACAACAUAUAUAGUCUUACUUGUGUUCACAUUAAUCCGAACUCAACCCGGUCUGAAGAUAGUCCAGCGAGCGGGAUGACUUUAGACCGGUCUGAGCAAUUUUCGUCCCGGCUCAUGUAAGGCCCCGUUAACAUGAGACCGGGACGAAGUCAAAUCAGAAUGAAAAUUGAAAAUCACAAAAGUUUCAAUUUAUUCCCCCGGCCAGGCAAUCUUUUUUAGAUGGCUUUUGUUAGCAUGUGUUGUUCGAAUGUCAUUAAGGUUACAGCCGAAACCGGUCUCAAAUGUAUUUGUGUUUACAUUCAUCCCAGUCUCACUCUGAAUUCAUGCCGGUCUGAAGUCAGUCGGCUCGGUCCAACCUCGUUGGGCUCGGUCCAGCAAGCAUGAAUCUUGUUCUCCGAGCCUGCGAUCCUCGGGAAGGAACGCGAGGCUCUGGGAUAAUCCGUUGCCGGAAGCCAGAAAUCCUGGCUAAGAUUGAACUACGCAUCCCAUUUCAACGGCCAAUCAGAUUCCUCCCUGAAACGUAUUAUCCCAGAGCCUCGCGUUCCUUCCCGAGGAUUGCAGGCUAGGGGAACGAGAUUGUCCAGCAAGCGGAAUGACUUGAGACCGGUCUCGAUUAUUUUCGUCCCGGUAUCAUGUAAACAUCUAUUAUAUUAAUAAUACUAUAAGACCGAAACGAAAUGGUCCCGGUUUGAUUUCGUUCCUGUCUCAUGUAAACAGGCCCUUAUAGUCUAAUCAAACGUUUUCUCCUUGUUAAAACGUUUAUUUUAAAUUUAUAUUCAUGUAUAUUUUAUCAUUCUUUACUCAUUUUUCAUUUUUUCAUUCCUGUAGAUACGGUAUCCGAUUCUACUUUUGGUUCUUAUCCAUCUUAUGGACGGUGGCAAUGGAAAAAGCAUACCAAAAGUACACUACAUUCACACAAACGUCUGUCCCCACAUAACUCCACAACCAAAGGUCUAUCUGAGUAACAUGUUCGACACGAAAGACUAUUUCUUCCCACAAUAUUACACCGAGAGAAAAUGUGUUUCGCCUAAAAGCACAAGCGGUUCGAGCCAGCCCACAUGGGCGACAUGUAUCAACGGGCAGUACCACUGUGUUACGCGGUAUAGAAUGAUGGAAUUUCUGAGAAUGCCUCAUCCGGGGAAUGGCACAUUCGCGAGCGCAUCUGUGGAGGUAGUGCCAGUCCCUGUCGCGUGCGAAUGCUCGCACUUCAUCGUUAUUUAAAUGAAGAACUUGGACUGCACAUUUGGUGUUUCUUGGUACGGGGAGAAUUCAGAUAGGCUUCUCUAGCUGAUUUAACAGCCAGCGAAUGACCUGCAAUUUGCAAGGAAUCCAGUUUGCUGUAUGAUAAACAAAUCCUUGUUUCUUUCUAUUUUCUUUGUGGAGCAGUUUAAAACUUUGUAAAUAUACUGAUUGUACGUUCACUGAUGGAAAACUGUGUGCGAGACAAAUUUAGAAAGAAAACCAUCUUAAUUUAAUGAGACGAGUAAUUUUUCUCUCAUGCAAAGAAUUAUUCAUCAAUGACUGGUAAUUAAAAUGACAUGAUCGAGUAUCACAUUUUAAAAAUAAAAUACGAGGUUUGAGGGAGUGUCAUGUCAGCCAUACUGCAUAUCUCGACAACCAUGGACUUAAAUCGAGAUUUGAAUGGUGUAAAUAGCAUGCAAGGUUUUGUUCAAACGUCAGUCUUUUUAUUGACCGAACCUAUAAUGCAAAUUAUUUCAAGAAUAUUAGGUUCAGUCCCGAGCGCGACGUUUGAAAAAGGCCUGAUCACAGAGAUUAUAAUUUCAUCUACCGUGCAUUAGUACAGGUACUAAUGAAUGCACUUAUAUACCUGAACAUUGUACAUAUAAUAUAAAGUAUGGAUUUAUGGGUGAAAAUAUUGACUAUAUAGCUAUAUAAAAGGUAAUCAUAUAAUAGAUGGGUUAAUCAAUUGUUAUCAAACUGUUUGUAAAAAGCUUCUAAGUUAAAAAAUGUAACUGCAAUUUACCGUUUAAAACGUUAUAACCUUUUAAGAAUGAAUUAAAACUUAUCGCAAUACUGUGUUGAUAAUAUAAAGCAUUUGUGCUUCGGGCUUAAUAUAAUUCUGAUGCACAUCUCCCAAGAUCUUGAAAUACAUCGUUAUGCAAUUACAAGUCUAAUUAACUAUAGUAAUGCGGUCAUGCAUUUACAACUGUGAUUUAAAAUUGCAUGUAAAAAUAUCUACAGGACAUGCAAGGGCAAGAAUAAGCCGGAGGAAAAUAAUUUGGCAAAAAUUAUAUAUCUAUUAACUAUUUGUCCAUAUAUAUAUAUGACAUUUUGUAUUUUCAUUAUAAUGAAAAAUUAGGAACAUGCAUGGCGUGGAUUUUCGCUGCAAAGGUAUAAAAGGAAUAAUUUCGCACAUGCGCGUUUUAUUCAUAUCUUGCGCAUGCUCUAGCAGUUCGAAUGCAACCAUUUAAUUAGUUUCAAAUGCCCUUACGUUCUGAAGCCUAUAUAGCUACUAUUGUCAAUGUCACCGCCAAUCCGCAAGUUAGGCAUUUUAAAUAAAAAAAUCAUUAUUAUAUUAAACUUCAGACCGAUUUAGUAUAUCUGAAGAAGAAUGAGACAGUAAUUUCCUGUCGACUGAUUACAAACAUAAUAAUCUUACUACGCAACUGGCUAAAAAUUGGCGUGAUGUUUGGAGGGAAAGGCCGAAAGCCUUUUAGUUUUGCGAUUGUAUUUCCUGAGGGUCUGUAUAGCAGGCUUCACUCGAGCGUUUUCCAAUGAUUAGUUCAACUUUCGAGUUUUGAUUGGAAAAGAAGACAUAGAUAUAAUCAUAGCUUACCAAAACUUGCGCAAAAUUUUAAAGUUAGUAAAAAAUAUUCUUUAAUUAUCAAAAUGCGCAAGCUCAUUUCACAUUUGAAAGCGCGCGUGACUGACAUCUGCAUAUUAUGUAAUUACCUUUUCUAAACUAAGGACUCAAUUUUUGGACUAAAACUCGUCUGGCGUUUCCAUUUUAAGAUGGCAAUUAUAUCGAGUCUAGUCGCUCUAAUGUUUUCCAAAUCUUCUUCAGGUCAUUUUAGACCACACGCGUUUACACACUACGGCCAGCAUUCCGUUAACAUUCACUGCGUUUAUUAGGAAUGUGUUUACACUAUAACGGAGCGGUUUGCCGUAGCGUACCAACUACGAAUCACUAAGCUAUAGUGUAAGCACGGCCUAAGAAUGACUAAGUCAAGCUGCUCAUUGCCAUGAACGUAUAGUUAUGGGGUUGUUUUUUUUUGUAUCACUACUGACACUAUAGCUAUUUUCGACUGCACGAAAAGUUUAAUUACAGGAAGAGCGUAUACAAAAUUUGUUGUUAAUUAUAUAAAAAGAAUUAAGAUUACGCCAGUGUCAUAGAUAGCUCUAAGUACUAUUUGUAUCGGAUAUACAAACUCGAACCGAAACGUCUUGAUGAGAACAUUCGUAUUCUUCAACAAUUUAAAAUAAAUGAAUGAUGUUUGGCGAGAAAAUUGAACUUAAACUGUAUGUGAAUCAGAAUGAUUUUGUAUCACAUAUACAAACUCCUUCACGGUCAUGAUUUCUUUUGUGUUUUCUUCAUGAAUUAUUAAUAGUUUCACAACACUGCAUGCUGUUCGUAAGUUCAACAAAUGUUAAUCUUCAUAUUAAAGUUCAAUCAGUCAUGUCAUCUUCUCAAAAAUCUUCCGUAAUACCGUCUCCAGAUAUACAAACUCCUUCACGGUCAUGAUUUCUUUUGUAUUUUCUUCAUGAAUUAUUAACGAGUUUCACAACACUGCAUGUUGUUCGUAAGUUCGACAAAUGUUAAUCUUCAUAUUAAAAUUCAAUACUAAUGUCAUCUUCUCAAUGAUCUUCCGUAAUAACAUCUCCUGCAGAGAACAAUCAUAGAACAGCAGGCAUCUGAUUAUAUAUUUCCUUCCGUGUGAACACGACAAUCCUAUAUACAGACAGCGAGCCGGACCGCAAAUUUAUAAGCAAGAGAAAUGUGACCAUAUUUCAGCCAGAAGACAACACUCGUCGAAGCCGAGAGCCUGAGAAAGCGUAUUUAUAUAAUUGACAAUAUAGGGAUAAAGCAAUGAAUUCAAGACCAAAGGUAAGUAAAAAAAUUCCAAGAAAAUAAGAAUUUAAAAACAGCUUUGGAAUAUAUGCGUCUAUUUUAAGUAUGGAUUGAUUUACAGUGAUUUGGCACGUCAAGCAGUAUAUAUAAUCCCACGCUCAAUGUCGGCCAACUCAAACUUUUAGGAAGGAUAUUUUAAAUUUAAAUCUUAUCAGUUUGUACAUUCAUGGUUUAAUAUAAGACUAGAGUGUUUAUAGGAGCGUUUUCCAAAUGAAACGUUUAAGGAAGGAUAAUUAAAAAUAUUGGCCCAAUACAUGCAACAUAGUUGGCUUCAUUCAGUGAUAGAGUAUGUAUGGUAAACAUUGUGAUCUAUAAAUGGGAAUGGAGACGAACGACAUUUUUUAAUGCUCUGCAGCAAUACAAUUGCUCACCAAUCUUAGAAUUAAUUUUAUAAAUAAUCUUUGUAAACAAAUUCUUCGUUGUCUUCAUUUAAUCAUCAAGAUUAUUUAAUUUAUAUAAUGGCUAUGCAAGACAAAGCAAAUAUGACCCUAGUUUCAAAAGAUAGUUACGAUGUCCUGACAAUUUUUGAAACUCAUUUAGGCUAUCAUGCUAGUAGUUUGUUCUUAAUGUAUCGUUGUGAUUCAAAAACUUCCAAUUUUCAUCGUCUUUGAAAUCUCAGUUGUUUUCGUGCAUUUUUUUUCCAAAUUGCAAUCGAAACCAUACGAUUAGGAUUAUCUCUACUUAUUUGCUACAAUAAACACUUGGAAGAGUGUUAAAUUAAAUAAGUAUAAAUUACACAAGGCUUAUGUAGCCUAUAUAAUUGGCUUUAUGCUGGUGUGGUGUUCCUGCCAAGUUUUUUUCACAUAUUUUUUGUUAAAUACUCGUAAUCACUGUUAAUUGGUGAAGUUAUUAAAAUUAAAAUAAGCUUACAUCGUUAAUACCAAGCAAUUCACAACUUUUGAAAGCUCACAUGAUCAGUUACUAUUAAUUGUUCUAGGCAAAAGCAUGCAUAGAAUAUAUAGAAGAGAGGUAACUAUAUAAGUAUAGACAUAUUCAUACGAGUUAUUCGUUCAUAUAUAAUUCUAAUGUACUUUUUUGCCUCAAAAGUUUGCAACUACAGCCUGUUUCGUCCAAGAGGAAUCAUGGAUGAAACAUGCAGUCUGUAUAGUCUAGAGGUAAAAAAAACUAUACUAUCUGCUCUAUUUACACGAUAUCGGGCAUUCUUUAGUGUUUCGUGAACAAUAUUUUUUAUUCAUCGGGAGACGUGUUUCUCCCAUUGGUCUUCUAUUCAUUUAUUAAUAAAUAUGAUGUCGGCCAAUUUCCAUGAAGUCGGGAAAUUUUUGUACGUCCCCCUGAUUUUUUUCUCCCGUGAGCCAAGGGUUCCAUUCCAUGUUGGCGACAUGUUAAAGUUUAAUGAAGCUUAUUAUAUACCGUUUCAAAACAAAACCAUCAACUGAUUAUUAACACUUUUGUGCAUAAUCAUAUAUUUUGCUUCCGCGUCUCCGAGAAGUAUUCAAUCUGUACUCCAUUUUUAUAUUAUAUUUUGAUCAUGUAGGUGAUCAGUUACGGAGAUAGUUACGUUCCUGUUUCGGGAAUAUCCGGCCACAAAAGAAGAAAGAAAGCGAUUAAGGUGAGAACUUGUUUGGAGUAUGCGCGUGCCUGCAUGUCUAUACCAUUACGAUUUGGUUUGUGCUUUUGGCAGAUUAGAAGUAAUAUAUGAACAACGAGAGCGAGUGUUUUCAUAAUUGUUUUCGAGUGUUUGGAUAUGAUUUGAAUAGAAUUCAUAACCAAUCAUAACGUAAUUAGGAAUUCUAUUCAAGUAAUUUUGCAUGCGUAAUUUGAUGAAAACACUAGUGACUUUCAUCAAGUUUCACCGGGUUAUCCAAAUGGCAUCUUGUGAUCAAAUAGAUGGUUAUCAUUGGCUGAAUUGCUCUUGAAUUAUUAACGAAUUUGAGAAACGUAAGAUGAAACUUUCAUGUCUGUAGAUUAGUACAUAUACAGGUUUCUAUUAUCUAGGAUCGGUUACAUAGACUCUAGCUCGAUUCUUCGUAAUGCAACCUACACGCGUAAAAACGCACAGCUUGUAACAAGUCUGCAAACAAGUUGUUACAAGUCUGUUCACAAGCUGUCAACAAGUUGUCUUCGCACUGCUUGUUCCCAGUUUGUUAUAACAAGUUUGAAACAAGCUGUUAACAACUUGUAACAAGCUUGAUGGCAUCAUCAGCCUUGUCACAAGAAUGUGCUAACAAGUUUGUUACAGCCAUGAUAUAACAAGGAUGUUACAAGAUUGUCAACACAAGGUUGUAACAAUCUUGCUAUAUCAAGCAUGUAACGGACUUGUCAGAACAACCUUACAACAAGUCUGAUAAUUUCGACAAGGUUGUUACAAGUUGUCAACAAGUUGUUCCAAACCUGUUGACAACUUGGGACAAGCAGUGCGAACACAACUUGUUGACGGCUUGUUGGCAGACUUGUUACAAGAUGUGAGAUUCUUACGUGUGUAGUUUACGUCACAGAUUGUAGGAAAUUGAAUACGCACUCUCGAGCCUUGUUAAAAAGCUGCAUGUGAGAAUUGGUCGAUAAAGGAACAAUGGUAGUCCCGAGAAUGUUCUAGUCAUAUAUCAUUUUAUUUUGCAGGCGUUCGUGGCAAUAAUCUCAAUCACAGCCAUAUUGACAUACUUAAAGUUAAACCUGAUCAACAAAACUCAAGCUAACAACCAGAGUACGAAGAAAAGAUUUCGUCAUUCAAACCCAUGCCGUCACGUGACGCCCGAACCGGAAAUCAUGCUGCAAGAAAAAUUCGACAGCGACGACUAUUUUUUCCCGGAUUCGUACAAAGAGCGGAUAUGUGCCGCGCCAAAAAAGUCGGAAAAUCAAGACCAAGAGCUUAAGGAACUUCAGGCGUGCUUUACAGAUUCUAUAAAAG